AUGCACGUGCUGAAAUUUACCCUCACUAUCUGUACAAUUGCUGGAUUUUGGCAACCGCCUUCAUGGACAUCCUUGUUGAACCAUAUAAUUUACAAAUCUUACGCAAUGUUUCUGGUCCUUUCAUUAAAUAUAUUUGCAAUAUCCCAAUUUAUGGAUAUCGUACUGAAUGUCGAUAACUCUGACGAACUCACCGAUUCAUUAUACAUGAUGUUGACCGUAUUUGUCGCGGGUUAUAAAAAUAUUUGUUUGUGGAUAGAUCGUAAAAAUGUCAGAAUGCUAGUCAACGUUCUCCGAAAAAAUCCUUUUAAACCAAGUGAAUCCCACGAAAUAACAAUUCGACAGCGAUUUGAUAAAAGAAUACAGAAUGUUGCGAUGCGGUAUUUAACCCUCGUGGGUUCAGCCGUUGUCGUAGUAAUUAUAUCAUCUAUCUUCAUGGAUCUUUCAAAAGGAAACUUAACAUACAGAGCAUGGAUACCGAUCGAUUAUUCAACCCCAAUUGCAUUUACUUUCGUAUAUACUAACCAAAUGAUAGGCAUGUCAACUUCCGGUUUAGUAAACGUCGCUUGCGAGAGUCUGGUUUGCGGAUUCUUGCUGCACAUAUGUUGUCAAUUCGAGAUACUGGAAUAUCGAUUGAAACAUAUCAAUCAGAAUCAAAACAUUCUGCGCGAUUGUAUUAAUCAUCACAAUUAUAUAGUUAAAUAUGCGCACACAAUAAAUGACAUGUUCGCGAAAAUAAUUGCUGUUCAAUUCGCGGUGAGCAUGAUGGUGGUAUGCUCAAAUUUAUAUCGAAUAGCUAUGGCAACAGAGUAUAUGAAAUUUAUUCCACUGAUGAUGUAUACAGGCUGCAUGUUGGCACAGAUUUUCAUCUAUUGUUGGUUUGGAAAUGAAGUCAAGUUGAAAAGUCUUCAGUUAGCGAAUAAUGUUUAUAAUAUGAAUUGGUUGGAACUUAGCAAUAGCAGCAAGAAAGGUCUACUAAUAAUUAUGAAACGUUCGACGUUUCCCAUCGAAUUUAGUAGCGCGUAUAUUGUCACGAUGAAUCUUGAAUCGUUCGUAGCCUUACUUAAGAUGUCAUAUUCGGCUUUCAACUUGCUGCAUCAAACACAAGAACAAUAA